AUGGAGCCCAAGGUGUCCAUUGCUGCCGUGGCUACGCACUUAUUUGUCCAAGAUAAGCAAGUUGUGCUAGAUAAUGGAUUGCUCAAACUCACAUUAACAACUCCGGAAGGCCUUAUUACUGGAAUUCAAUAUAAUGGACUUGACAACUUGCUUGAACUCAAUAAUCCAGUCUUAAAUGGAGGGUUUUGGGACCUCAAUUGGAGUGAAGCUGGCACUUCAGGCACGCGAGGAAGCUUUGAUACGAUAAAUGGAACUGAAUUCAGAGUUAUAGUGGAAAAUGACGAACAGAUAGAAGUCUCAUUCAGAAGAACAUGGGAUCCCUCAUUUGAGGGCAAGCAUGCUCCCUUGACUAUAGACAAAAGGUUCAUAAUGCUUCGCGGUUCUUCGGGCUUCUAUUCUUAUGCCAUUUACGAACACACAGAGGAUAUGGAUGCAUUCAACCUCAACGAAACCAGAAUUGCCUUCAUGCUCAGCAUACGAAAGUUUCGUUACAUGGCCAUGGCAGAUGAUAGGCAAAGGAAUUUACCACUCCCAGAAGACCGGUUACCUCCUAGAGGCAGAGAAUUGGCUUUUCCAGAAGCAGUCCUCCUUGUCAAUCCCGUGGAGCCAGAAUUUAAAGGAGAAGUCGAUGAUAAGUAUCAGUACUCGUGUGAAAACAAAGAUAAUAGAGUCCAUGGAUUUAUAUGCAAUGAACCCCCAGUAGGGUUCUGGCAAAUCACUCCAAGCAACGAGUUCAGGACUGGUGGACCACUCAAACAGGACCUCACUUCUCAUGUCAACCCUACAACACUUGCUAUGUUUGUAAGUGCCCAUUAUGGGGGAGAGGAUGUAGUGAUCAAAUUUGGAAAAGGCGAACCGUGGAAGAAAGUUUUUGGUCCUGUUUUCAUCUAUCUCAAUUCUGUUUCGGAUGAAAAAGACCCAAUUCUACUCUGGGAUGAUGCUAAAGAGCAGAUGAAAAAAGAAGUCCAAAAUUGGCCAUACAGCUUUCCAGCUUCAGCGGACUUUCCACAUGCUGAUGAAAGGGGUAGUAUUCAGGGUAGAUUAUUCGCACAAGACAGGUACAUCUCUAAUGAAAAUAUACCGGCAAAGGGUGCUUAUGUUGGAGUGGCUCUACCGGGAGCAACUGGCUCGUUUCAAACAGAAAACAAGGGGUAUCAAUUCUGGGCGAAUGCAGAUGAUGAUGGUUAUUUCUCCAUUAUCAAUAUUUUUCCUGGUGAAUAUUACAUCUAUGCAUGGAUCUCUGGUUUGAUUGGAGACUAUCGAUAUGAAAAAGCCUUAGUCAUUACAGCAGGUUGUGCCAUGAACUUGGGUGAUCUUGUGUACAUACCUCCAAGAGAUGGGCCCACAUUGUGGGAAAUAGGCAUCCCUGAUCGUUCUGCUGCAGAAUUCUUUGUGCCCGAUCCUAAUCCUAUGUAUAUCAACAAACUUUACAUAAAUCACCCUGCAGACAGGUUUAGGCAAUAUGGAUUGUGGGAAAGAUAUGCUGAUCUGUACCCAGAUAAGGAUUUGGUAUACACAGUUGGUAUUGAUGACUACUCUAAAGAUUGGUUUUAUGCUCAGGUGACAAGAAAAGUAGGAGAAAAUGCAUAUCAAGGAACAACAUGGCAAAUAAAGUUCAAACUAGACAGGGUCGAUCAGAGUGGAAAGUACACACUGCGAAUCGCAUUAGCAUCCGCUAAUAUGUCCAUAUUGGAGGUGAGGAUCAACAAUCCAGGAGCAAAUCCUCCGAAGUUCUCAAGUGGAUUAAUAGGGAAAGAUAAUGCAAUUGCAAGACAUGGAAUUCAUGGGUUGUACUGGUUGUUUCAUGUGGACAUAGAGAGUUCCUUACUCGUUCAAGGGCUUAACACCAUAUAUCUCACUCAAGCACAGAAUACAAGUGCUUUACACGGGAUUAUGUAUGAUUAUAUUCGACUGGAAGGACCCCCUCCCAUUAAUCUUCCAAAACUUUGA